AUGAACCAAAUACAAGCAGUCGAAGAAGAAGAACAGAACAACAGAGACUCAAUGAUGCAGUUUAGAAAAUUGAAUCAACCUCAAGUUACUAUAAGGUCAAUAAUUGUUGGUAUUUUCAUAGGGUCCAUUAUUUUGAUUUCAAAUUUUCAAUUUGGUUUACAGACUGGUUGGGUAAGUAUGAUGUCGUUACCGGCUGCAUUACUAGGUUUCACUAUUUUUAAACUAAGUGGGUUUAGUUCUAAUUUUACAGAUGUUGAAAAUGUAUUUAUUCAGAGUCUUGCUGUUGCUGUUGGGACAGGACCAUUAUGUUAUGGAUUCAUUGGAAUAAUUCCAGCUAUUGAAAAGUUUCUAAGUGCGGACGAAAGCGGACUGGGCAAAUUAAUCCAUUUUAAUUUGAAUGAGUUGAUGUUAUGGAGUCUUGGGUUAGGUUUAUUUGGAGUAUUUUUUGCAAUUCCAUUAAGAAAACAAGUUGUAAUUAAAGAGAAAUUACCAUUUCCAUCUGGAUCAGCAACAGCUACUUUAAUCUCAGUAUUACAUGAUGAAAAAUUGAUAAAUCUAGAAAUAACAUCUGAAUCUGAAUCUGAAGAGGAAAUGGAAGCUGAAGCUCAAGAUAAUAACUACAAUUCAAAUAUUAGAUCACUAUUAAUAACAUUUGUCAUAUCUUCAAGUUAUACACUAAUAUCAUAUUUCUUUCCUAUACUUAAAAAUAUUCCAAUUUUUGGAAGGGUUGGUAGUAAAUGGGAAUGGGAUUUUCAACCCAGUCCAGCUUAUAUUGGACAAGGUAUAAUUAUGGGAUUACCUACUGUUUCUUAUAUGUUAUUUGGGGCAAUUUUAGGAUGGGGUAUAUUAGCUCCAUUAUCUAAUUAUAUGAAAUGGGCACCUGGUGAAAUAUCAGAUUGGAAAACAGGUAGUCGAGGAUGGAUAUUAUGGAUUUCACUAAGUAUAAUGAUAUCUGACUCAUUAGUAAGUUUCGUUGUCAUUAGUUUCAAAUCAGUACUUCAAUUUUUGAAAGAUCAUCAGAGAUUAAAAGACGAUUAUGAGAUUCAGAGUUUGUUAGAUAAGGAUGAUGAAAAGAAUGAAAUUCCAGAAAAAUAUCUUGUUUCAAAUACAGUCACAAUAAUAGGAAUAAUCAUCUCCACUAUAAUAUGUAUCAUUUCCUUGAAAAUCAUAUUCAAGUCAUUAGUACCUGUUUAUGCCAUAUUCGUUGCAAUUGUACUUGCAAUGUUGUUUUCAGUAUUAGGUGUCCGAGCACUAGGUGAAACUGAUUUAAAUCCAGUUAGUGGAAUUGGUAAAUUAUCACAAUUAAUCUUCGCCGUUAUAAUUCCAAAUAACCAUCCAUCAAAGAUACUUAUCAAUUUAAUAGCUGGUGGUAUAGCAGAAGCAGGAGCACAACAAGCAGGUGACUUAAUCCAAGAUCUCAAAACUGGUCAUUUAAUAGGAGCAUCUCCAAAAGCACAAUUCAUAGCUCAAAUAAUAGGAACAUUUUAUUCAAUAUUCUUAAGUUCAAUAAUGUACAAGGUUUAUAAUUCAAUUUAUGAAAUUCCAGGAAGUUUAUUUAGGAUACCUACUGCAAUUAUAUGGAUAGAUUGUAGUCGAUUAGUCAGCGGAGAAGGUCUACCUGAAAAAGCUGGAGUUUGUGCAAUCAUUUUCGGACUUAUGUUUGGUGUUAUUUCAUUAAUUAAGAAUAUUGUUCCAAAAAAGAGUAAAUAUUAUAAAUGGUUGAUUUAUUUGCCUAAUGGAGUAGCUGUCGGUAUUGGGAUAUACAAUACUCCAAACUUCACAAUUGCUAGAUUUUUGGGUGGUUUGAUUGCUUAUAAUUGGAGAUUGUUUAGUGAUCGUGGUAAAAUAAGUAUGAUUAUUUUGAGUUCUGGUUUGGUGCUUGGUGAAGGAUUGUUUAGUAGUGUUACUAUGCUACUUACUAGUCUUGGAGUUAAACAAUAUCAAUAG